AUGGCUCCGUACGAGAACACCCGCAAGAGAUCACCACAGAAGGCAAAAUACGACGCCAACGCAGCUAGGCGAGCUGAUAUUCUCGCGUUAUAUGGACCCGCUAAUGCUGACCGUGUCACGAUCGUGCCCAGUGAUACUGGAAAGGGCUUGCGAACGAUAUUUCCCCGAGAGAACUCACUCGUAGACUGGACGAGUGCCUCCGCCCCUCAAGCUACUGGUGUUGUCCCUAACAUGGCUACCGAGGAUGAAGAGGACAUGAAGUCCGAGAGCUCUAGCGAGCGUUCUCUGACACCAACUCCUUCGCGACCAUUCGGCGGCACAUCGCCUGUGCAAGGAGCACGCAGGCAGCUCUCGCGAGAAACCACGAUCAAGGCCUGUGACAGCCCUGGACUCGGCGAGGAAGAAUCUCGACGAGUGUUUGGUAACUCUUUCGGACGCAGCAAUGGGUCAUUUUUGGCCAGGGAUGGUGGUUCGAGUGUUGUUGAUCCGUCGAAGGCUCGGGAGAAGCUGUUGAAAAUAGAGCGGAAGGAAGCGAGGGAAGAGGCCCGACAGAUGAUGAAAGAGCUCAACAACAACCAAGUGGAGGUUAGCAAGCAGAUAAAGCUCACGAAGAAUAACCUUGCGGAGAUGCAAGCGAGGAUGGCUGCUUUGGAGAAGAAGAAGGCAGCAAUGGUAGGAAUGAUGGCUUCGUUGAAGGAGCCCGGCAAUGGCUCGAACAAAGGAAGCGGUACGAUCUCGACUUUUUCGACUUGCGAUGUCGUUGUGAAGGAGGCGGGAUACGAGGGCUCGACGAGGACUAGCGAUCUCAACCUCAUGGACGAGGCUGAUUUUGGCAAACCCGGAAGAGAGACAGGCUCUCGGGUGGACAUGCGGCACAGGAUUGUCAUCCCCUGA